CAGCCUGCAACAUAUCACCCCUGCCCCAUAUCGAUACGCAAUGCAACAUCCUACCCAUUCACUUUAAAUCGGUUCACUCGUGAUGUUCAUGCAGUCGAGUCUUCCAGAGAGCCAAACAAACACCCAAGAUGCCUGUCGACUACAGCGGGACGUGGGACAUUGCCACCAAUGUCAAUUUUGAGGGAUACAUGGUUGCUCUUGGCAUCGAUUUUGCAACACGCAAGAUCGCCUCAAUGUUGAAGCCCCAGAAGGUGAUUAAGCAAGACGGAGACUGCUUCACAAUCAGAACGCUGACUUCGUUCAAAAAUUACGAGUGUUCCUUCAAAAUCGGAGAGGAAUAUAAAGAGGUGACCAAAGGAAUGGACAACAGGUUAUGCCAGACUGUGGUCAACUGGGAAAAUGAUAAGCUGGUGUGUGUUCAGAAAGGAGAGAAGAAGAACCGAGGGUGGACUCACUGGAUUCAGGGAGACGAGCUUCAUCUGGAACUUACUUGUGAGGAUCAAGUCUGCAAGCAAAUUUAUAAAAGGACUCUGUGAUCUUGCCUUUUCAAACCAUUGCAGAGACCUUCAUUUAGAGAAUUUACAUGAAAUGGAGCAGUAUAACCCACACAAAGCAGCUU